ACUGCCUCCUUGUUAUCCCAUUCCUUCUUUCUUCAUUCCUCCAAUUUUUCAUUGUCCAUUCACCAUGCACCCUGCAACGUACUCUGGCGGUUUUCUUGGCUUGGUCGUCUUCAUUCUCGACCUCAUUGCCAUCUUCGAGGUCAUCAACUCAAACCGCAGUGUCACCUCCAAGCUGCUUUGGUCCUUGCUUAUCUUCCUGUUCCCCAUUCUGGGUCUCAUCCUCUACUUCUUGUUUGGUGGUCGCGAGGAGCACAACAGCAGUUACGAGGCUAUCGCUUGAGGGACUACCAAAAAAAAACGCGAUGCUGCAUUGCAUUUGAUAUCGCACUUACUUUUACCAUGGCCAUAGCGUCAACUAAAUCCACUUCCCAAAUGCAUUCUUGCACAAAAUAAAAAAAAAAAGAGACCAUCUUGAACAACUCAAA